CUCUCUUCAUCCCCGCAGGGAAAAGAGAGGGAGAGAGAAACACGAGUCUCCUUCAAAAAAUAAAAAUUGUUUCUUUCUGAAAAAUUUCCUCUUGUUCACAUUGAAACCAUUCGCUGUCUCUCUUUGUGCUUCUCUCGUAUCUGAGGUUUUUUUUUUAGCAAUUCUUUUAAUCACGACGCUCUCUCCAUCGCUCUCUGUAUUUCCAUCUAGUUUCCCCUUUCCUUUCCUCCGCCCCAUUCUCAGAGACGCCCCAGGAGAAAAGGGAGCUGGAUUCAACUCCACCCUGCAAUCUGCAUUGGAAGAAAAAGAGCAGCCUGUUUCUUCUGUAUUCAAACAAAGUCUCGUCCUGUGGCAUCCUAGGCAAGAGCCGCUCUAUAGUACAGAGGAGAAAGAGUUUCUUAAGUGCUCAUUUGAAAUUGGAUGUGAGAGGAUCAUUCAUUGGAAUCCAUGAUAAGGUCCUGCAAUGGGGUCUCUGAACAUGGAGAAGAAGUGGGUUUUCCCUCUAGUCAUAAGCUCUCUCAUAUGUGUCUUCCUCUUAGCAACUUCAUUCAACAUGGGUCUCAUCUCUUCACUCCACACCAUCAAUCACAUCUUCAAUAUUUUCCCGUCCCGUGUCAACCAAACAGGAGGCAAAGGUUUUGCUGAAACAAAAGUUGUUCUACAAUCUCCUCCUCCACCUCCCCCCGGUCCUAAAAUUCCUAGGUUUGCUUACUUGGUAUCUGGAUCCAAAGGUGACCUGGAUAAGCUUUGGAGAACGCUUCAUGCCCUUUACCAUCCGAGAAACCACUACGUUGUGCACUUGGAUCUUGAAUCCCCGGCAGAGGAAAGGUUAGAGCUUGCUGCAAGAGUGGAGAAGCAUCCGAUUUUCUCCAAGUAUGGGAACGUCUACAUGAACUCCAAAGCUAAUAUGGUGACCUAUAGAGGACCCACCAUGGUCUCAAAUACACUACAUGCUUGUGCAAUUCUUCUAAAAAGAAGUAAAGAGUGGGAUUGGUUCAUCAACCUCAGUGCUUCUGAUUAUCCUCUUGUGACGCAAGAUGUCCUGCUUUCUAUAUGGGUACUUACUCAUUUGCUAUGUGAUGCAGAUCUUCUGGACACUUUCUCAACUCUGAACCGAAAUCUUAACUUCAUCGAGCAUACUAGUCAGCUGGGUUGGAAAGAGGAAAAGAGAGCAAUGCCACUAAUCGUGGAUCCUGGACUCUAUUCCACCACUAAGGAAGACAUUUUUGGGGCUAACCCUCGGAGACCUCUGCCAACAGCAUUCAAGUUGUUUACUGGUUCUGCAUGGAUGGUUCUCACCCGUCCUUUUGUCGAAUACUUAAUCUGGGGCUGGGAUAACCUACCGAGAACGUUGCUCAUGUAUUAUGCAAACUUUGUGUCCUCUCCUGAGGGCUACUUCCACACGGUAAUUUGCAAUGCGCCGGAGUAUGCUCGGACGGCUAUCAAUCACGACUUGCACUACAUUGCUUGGGAUACGCCUCCAAAGCAGCAUCCACAUGUACUCUCCCUCAACGACACCGAAAGGAUGAUUGCAAGUGGUGCUGCCUUUGCUAGGAAGUUUCAGCACAACGACCCCGUCCUAGAUAAGAUUGACAACGAUUUGCUUGGCAGGAAGGUCGGGGCAUUCACCCCUGGUGGGUGGUGUUCGAAUAGCCCCGACUGCACUGAAGUUGGGGACAUUAACAAAGUCCAGCCAGGUCCAGGAGCAGACCGGCUUAAACAUCUGAUAGCUAGGGUAGCUCUGAUGGCAAGGCGUGGAGAGAAUCAGUGUAAAUAGAUUUUGCAAGAAACGAUUCUUGCUUGCAUGCUGAUACAAGGAAACAACUUGAAAGGGGGAAGUUGGGUUCAUUCCCAGUCUACAGACCUAGAUAUAUAGCUCAUUGAGAAACUUAAUGUAAGAAAAGAGGAAUUUAUUUUUUGGGUUGGUAUGAUGCUGGAGUUGCUGCUGCAGCCAUCGGGAUCAUUGUUACCAGAGUUGCAAGGCAAGCAGCUAGUUGUUGUUGUCAACAGAAAUAGAUAUGAUCUGUUUGAGGGGGCGGCUUUAGAUUACAGAAUUAUAGAAUGGGAGAAGGGUAACUCUUCUUUUUCUCUUUUUGUAGGUUCUCCAUCAUCUUAUAGAGUUCUUCUUUUGUUUGUGUUCUUCUAACAGUUGAUUUUGGUGUACCCUUUUAACCCUUUUCUUGAAUAUGUUUACUGUGAACUAUUUUCCAAUAAUUGGAUCAUGCCUUACUUUACUUUGUAGUAGUUGACUCUGUUUCUGUGGGGAGCCCAGCAAGUGUGAAUGAUGACACCAUUGUUCAACACUUUUAACUGAGGAGUUGGGCUGUGAAGAACUGUCAACGAUUCUGCAGUAAUAGUAGC